AUGUCACUCGCACCACCUUUUACUCAAGAAUCCGCCCAUGCCAAGGUCAAGAAGGCACAGGACCUCUGGAAUGGCCAGGAUCCCAAGGCAAUCGCACAAGCCUAUACACCCGACUGUAUUUGGCGCAAUCGAUCGUCUUUCCUCUCUGGUACGGCGGAGAUUGAAAACUUCUUAACAAAGAAGUGGGAGAAGGAGAAGAAUUACCAGCUGCGCAAAGAACUAUUUGCCUUUACUGACAACAAAAUCGCCGUGCAAUUCUGGUAUGAGUUCCAAGAUGCCCAUGACGGCAUGAAGUGGAAGCGUUGCUAUGGUCUCGAGGAUUGGACAUUUGCAGAAGACGGGAAGAUGCGCAAGCGGCAGAUGAGCGGUAACGAUAUCGAGAUUGGUGAAACCCAACGAUGGUUCAAGGACGGUGUGGACGUGAACGCAGUCGAGAUUAGUGAGUCUCAUUGGUAA